ACGUUGAGAUGGAUCCUUCCAUCGUGCGCGAUACUCCUGUUUGUCCCUCUUUGUCCGGUGGCGAUAGAAGGCCAUGAUAAUUAUGGCAAAAUUUGCGUUUUUGAAUGAAUUAUAGUUGAGUGGUGGAUCAACAAGCACACAUCGAGUGAGGACUGGUUUGGCUGGCAAUGACACACCAGAGAGUUUCAAUUUAAAGGACAGCAGAGCGAGCAUCGGAGAAAGGGUACAGUUUGCUUCCAAGACAAGUCUGCAAGAUGGCUAGCUAUCUUCAGUGACAUGCUAACGUUAGCUAGCCGGCUAAUGUUAGCAUAGUAAACAACAAAUUUCAACACAUGAUCGAUUGCUGUAUCUUAUCUAUGAAAGGUGAAAUCAAAUGCACAUUUCCACGAACGAAUGUAGACAUAUAAAUGAAGGUUUUCGGUUUAUUUUCUGGUGGGGAAAUCUGAACGCUGCUAGCAAAAGCCACAUUUUGGAUAACGUGGCUAGCUAGUUAUACCAAGGUAGUCACUAGCUUGUUUUAGCUAGCUGGUUGGGUUCCCUUGCUACACAUCUGUAAGUGAUCAUCCAGUGAGGGAGGUGGGGUGCUUGUGCUGGCAGUCACGCCAGGUAGCAAGCAACCAGUUUCUCUCAGCGUGUGGAAACUGGCUUGCAGCAGGACUUGUGAGAGUGUGAACCAGCUCCGUUUGAGGUUUAUUUGGUGACCAAAUCCCGGCGUGACAGACACCGUGGCGAAAGAUUUGCAGCUGGAAAAGGAGUUUUUCAGACCUGGGCCGGCGUGAAACUAUCCAAGUUAACUAUACGUGUUAGUAAUUGCUCAUUUUAGCAAUAUUGACAUGACCUGAAGGCAGAUCUCCACCUUCUUCUCGGCACAUUGCCUUCCAGACGUCGUCAUUUUUAACUUUUUUUUUCUUGCACAUGAACGGUGAUAUGCCACUUCACCGACAGUCAUAUUAGCUAAUGGCUGCCGAAUCGGGGAGACUACUGGCGGGACAAGGAAAACGAAGCAAAGCUUCACAGAUGAAGAGCCCAGAGAAGAAGAAGGCAAGGAAAUCCACCACGCAGGCAGCUGGGUUCUCCCACCUAACUGAGUUUGCACCCCCACCAACUCCCAUGGUGGACCACCUGGUGGCCUCCAACCCUUUUGACGAUGACUUUGGACCCCCAUCCCGACCCACGGGCGCAGGUGGACCAGUCAGUGCUCCAUUUCUCCCCAGCCCAGGCGCAGGCGGAGGAGGAGGUGGUUAUGUCGGUGGAGGCAGAAUGGGCGGUGGCAUGGGCUUCAUGGGAGGCCCGGGAGGACCAGGCGCCGGCCAGCCUGGACGCCGGCCUCCGUUUGGCCCCCCAGCCAAUGCUGGACCUCACCAUCAGCUAGGCUUUGGAGGCAUGCCCGGCUUCGGAGGUGGUGGUGGAGGUGGCAGUGGAGGAGGAGGAGGGGGUGGCGGAUUCCCUCCAGGUGGGCCUUCUCAGUUCAAUAUGCCACCAAACUUUAGUCCACCCAUGCACCCUGGGCCAGGUUUCAAUCCCAUGUUGUCCCCAGGAGCUAUGGGAGGUCCUGGAGGAGGGGGGCCUCCCCACCCUCGCUUUGGUAUGCCGCAGCAGCAGCAGCAUGGACAGGGUGGACACCCGUUCAACAGCCCACCUUUGCCUGGUGGUGGAGGUCCUAGAGGGCCACCACAUGGCCCCUUGCCUCCCAUGGGAGGAGGGAUGGGUCCUGGGAUGAACAUGAUGGGGCCCAUUGGUGGCGGCCCAGGAGGCAAUAUGGUUGGAGGGUUGCCAGGUAUGCCUCCCCAAGGACAGUUCCCUCCCUCACAGGAUGGUCCGUAUGCUGGCCCAAGCCCACCAGGGCCAGGCAACGAUGAUGGAAAAAACUUUGGUGGUGGAGGGCCACCACCUGGGCCUCAGCAGCAGCAGCAGCAGCAGCAGCAACAGCAGCAACAACAGAUUAACCUAAAUCCUAAUGGCCCGCCUCCUAAUAAUACCACUCCUGGCCCUCCACCUAACUCUGGCCCUCCACAGCCAGGUGGAGGGUUCCCUGGUCACCCUGAUGUGCAGCAGCCAAACGCCACCACACCUGGUCAACCUCCCUCAGCGCCACCUCAGUCUAACCCAAACUCUUCUCCAACUGGUCCCCUGAAUGGUUCUGGCCAGACUCAGCAUCCCCCACCUGGUCAGCUACAACCCCCAAAUAAUACAAACACCCCCAACUCGAACAACUCGACCCAGCAGCAGCAACAAUCCACUCCACCUAACUCUGCUCCUGGCUCCACCCCUUAUAACCAGCAGAACAACACUCCAGGUGCUGGUGGUCCCCUGCCAAACCCAGCCUCCAAUUCAGGUCAGAAUAACAUGACCAACAACAACGGUGGCAACACUCCCGGCAGUAACCCCAACCCCCCCUCUAACUCCACUUCCACCCCUAACACUCAGUCUCCACUGCCCCCCGGCCCUGCUGCCCCCUCGACUGGGCCUGGCUCUGGCCCUGGGAAGCUCGGUGGCCCCGGUAUGGUUUUCCCUUGUGGCCUCUGCAUGGCAGAGGUACAUGACGAUCAGGACGCCAUUCUUUGUGAGGCAUCUUGCCAACGCUGGUUCCAUCGUGACUGCACAGGCCUUACAGAGCCUGCAUACGGGCUGCUGACUCGAGAGAGUGCCGCAGUCUGGGCCUGUGACUUCUGCAUCAAGACCAAGGACAUACAGGCUGUGUUUGUGCGCCAGGGAUUAGGCCAGCUGGUGGCAGCUAAUGAGAGUUGAGGAGUGGACGACAAAAGAGCAGCAUGGAGGUGCGAAGCAUACGGACAAAUAGAGACACUCUUUGCUCUGAUUUAAUUGACAUGUGUGUCAUGUCAACUACUUGUCCAGCUUUCUCUCGACCAGCCCUUUACUCAUUACACUGAGAAACACACUCAUUGAUAUUCAUGCUUAUAUAUAGCACUUUGAGUGGCUCGAGGCAAAUGAUUUUUCCUCCCCCCUCCCCAUAACGGAGUCAAAUCUUAUUGAAUGUUAGACUACACAGUCCUUCUGACAUCUAGCCUGCCAACCAGCAAAGCACUGACACCAACACACUACCUCACACACUUUGUGACUGACUGGCACGGAGGCUCCCGCACUGACUUGACUGUGAUUGACUCGAUACACUCAUGCACCCAGUGGAUAUAUGAUGGUAUUUCUGAGACAUGCACACCCGGAUACACGCACACAAACAAAUUGGAAAAGCAGUGAGUAUUGAGGUCCUCCCCUACCAUGUGUUGUUGUAGUGAGUCAAAGCUUCAAGAUUAAGAUUGGAUUUCAUGGCUUUAAUCAAAAUGGAAGCUGAAAUAUUAUGCCAAAAACAAAAGAGUGCCUGGCAAUUUAAGAGAGACGUUGGUUUUAUUCUAAGCUUUAUUUGCAGUCAAAAUGCUAUACUCUAGCUCUGCCCUCUCACAAAAGAAGUCUUCAAAUGCAAGCUUGAAAAUUAAGGAAACAAACAGUAGCAUGUUGUCACACAUAGAUGACAAAGGAAAAAACAUUUCCAAGUUCCUUUGCUAAGUCCUGCAUCUGCAGACACGUACAUAUACACCCACAUAAACCAUGUACUUGUAUCUGUCAUUUGGACACAGUGCGGAUUAAUCCAAAGGAACCAGGGCUGAGAUUUCAUCCACACCUCAUUACAAGGACUUUACCAUAAAAAAGAGUUGUAAAUAUAAGGACAAAACAUCUUUCUUGAACUCAUUGUCAGUUGUGAACUUGCCAGAGAGUUGACCAAUGAACAAAGCAAGUUGAACUUACGUGUCCUGGUUGUAUACAGUUUGAAUUUUUGGUUUUUAUACAGUACAUUUGAGUCAACCAUUUCUUUUUAUCUCUGCAGUACACAUGAAUUGUGAAAUCAGUGCUUUUGGAUGGCGUUGGCAUAGCAAGUAGUGACAUCAUGUCAUAUCAAAUGUGCAUAGUCCUUUUCUAAGAAAAAACAGGGGGAGGGGAGGGUUGCAUGUGAAUCAAUGCAGUAAUUGUCUGAUCCAUUUGUUUAUAUUCUGGCCUCUGCCAUGGAAGAGGCCUUGAAGUAGACCAAAUAACUUAAGAGCGAAAAAUACUCCCUUCUCACUUUUCUGUCAUGGUAUAUGGUGUUUAUAACUAUCCUUCCUUCUCCUUUCUUUAUUCAGUGUCUGGGUUGCCUUUCUGUCCUUGCCCUCUCAGCUGUCCUUCUUUUGGUUUUUGUACUGGUAUUUGUGCUGUGCUCUUGCUCUGCUCUGGCGCCUCCUGGUGGAAGUCCCACACCAGGUGGGGAAGGGAAAGGUACUGAACUCUGAAGUAAAGACAGAAUUUUUUUGUACUCGUCCAUGUUUGUUUUUAUUAAGAUUUCUAAUUUGUCUGCUUAUUGUUGUAUUAAAAUGAGGGUUUGAAACCCAGUGAAACAGA